CAUCCCCAGCAGCACCACAGAGUUGGAAAGAUGGCGGCCGGUUCAGGGGCUGCAAGCGGUCAUGGCUCACGCAGCUCCACCGCUGCUCUGGAAGCGUCUUUGGACCGGCGUUUUCAGGGAGUUUCAAACACUAUGGAGUCAAUACAAGGACUUUCAGCUUGGUGCAUUGAAAACAAGAAACAUCACAGCCUUAUCGUCCGCUACUGGAUGAAGUGGCUCAAGAAAUCUGAUAACAAUCACCGCUUGAAUCUUUUCUACCUUGCAAACGAUGUGAUACAAAACUGCAAAAGAAAGAAUGCCAUUGUUUUUCGUUCAGCCUUCUCAGAGGUCCUUCCUAAUGCUGCUCAGCUCAUCAAAGAUGGGAAGGUUCGCAGGUCAGUGGAAAGGAUCUUUUCCAUUUGGGAAGAAAGAAGUGUUUACCCCGAGGAGGUCAUUGCCCAGUUCAAAGCCAACUUGAAUAAAAAGGAAAAGGAGCGAGAGAAGCAGAAGGAAAAAGAAAAGGAAAAAGAAAAAGAAAAGGAGAAGGAGAAGGAAAAGGAAAAAGAGGCUACACCGGCAAAUGCUCCUGCUAAUUCCAAAGCUGCCCUGAAAUCCAAGAUUGUGGCAGAGUUCACGCCCCACUCCCUCGUUGAACAAUUGUUAAAAUAUAGGCAAGCUGUUGCCGAAGAAGAGUUUCAAGAAAAGCAGCUGUCAGCUCUCCGGGUGGAUGUCUGCAGCACGGAGGCCCUCAAGAGACUUAAAGAUAAGGCAGGGGGGAACAAGUUUGCCAAGGACUUUGAGGAUGGCAGCCUGAAGCUGCAGGAGUUUGUCAGCUUCCUGGAGAAAGAGUUGAAAACAGGACCUCCUCUGCUGGAGGCUCUGGGAAACGCAGACAUUUUCUACGAGAUGCAGUACAAGGAAGUUAAGAUUGUGGCCAAUGCUUACAAUGCAUUUGCCAAUCGUGUGGCCAGUCUUAAAAGGAAAUUGGAUUCCCUCAAGUCCACUCUACCUGGACCUGAGGACUCUCCCAUCCCCUCGCCAUCUGAAGAUGCCCCCUCCCCCACUGGCUCUGACUCACCCUUUAUGGCAAUGGCGGCUAGCAGAGCCCAGCUCGAUCCAGAUCUGGAUGGAAAGGCCAUGGAUGAAGGAGAAAUGCAGAGUGACAACAGAGACAUGGAGGACAUGGAUAUGUCUGACGAAGAGACUGAUGCUACAACUGCAGGGGAUGAUAAGAAAGAAAAGCCACCCGCUGCCAUGUCUAAGGCUGCAAAGUCAGAUGCGCCGUCAAAGCUUCCAAAUACGCCUGCGAAGGCCUCUAAGAACAAUGCUUCUGCUACUACCACCACAUCCACCCCAGUGACUCCCACAUCUGCUACUCCUACAAAUACCCCAGCCACCCCUCUGGGUGUCAAUCUGGCCAAAGUGGACCUGGGAAAGAUCACCUCCAUUCUCAGCUCGCUAACCUCCGCCAUGAAGAAUACAGCAAGUCCAUCACCGCGUCCAUCUCCUGGGACACCCACAACCCCAUCUGGCCAAUCAGCAGCCUCCAAAGGAACCCCUCCAAGCCCUGCUUUGGCCAGUAUCCUGUCACGUGUUGAUAUCACACCUGAAGGGAUACUUAAUGCUCUGUCUAAAAGCAACACAACAGGUUUGUCCUCUUUCCUGCAUAGUGUGACUAACACCACCUCUGCUGCUACUGCUGGUACACGAACCUCCCCAGAAUCGGCACCUUCUAAAGCUCUACACACCAGCACCCCGACCACCCCAACGACCCCAAAAACAAAAGCUGGUCUGGGGAACAGCCACAAGCGAGAAACACCUGGAAGAAUCAGAGACUGGGGAGAGAGAGACAACUGUCCCCUCCUCCUCCACCACCUCCCCCUCCUCGCCCCUCAGCUCCUUCUGUCUCUCCCCCCAGCUUAGAAUCCAAAAUCAACAGUUUCCUACAGGGUAAUCCAGGUUUUAGUCUCGCUCUUGGUGAUGUUAGUCCUGAUGGGGUGGAUGGGACCCCAGUGAGAGACGAGGCAGCCGGCACCCCAACCCAGGAUGAGAUUAUGGACACACCUGCAAGU